GAUGAUAGUCUAACUUUGAGCAACGUAGAAAUCAACACGACAGCACGGGACCUAAACUCAGGACUUAAACUGUCAAACUUGCCAACCGAACACUUUCUUCGAAGACAACGUCAAACCUUUCAAUCAUUUUUCAUUUUCGUGAUCUUCUGAAACGAUGAUGUAUACCGCUUUCAACACAGAUUGCGACUCUUCAUCCCGCUGCAGCACCGCUUCUCCAGUUGGUGACAACCUAGCAUACUACCCUUCUCCUGCGGGAUCAUAUUCAAGCAUGGGAUCUCCCCAAUCUCAGGACUUCACUGACCUGACAGUGGAAAGUGCCUCCUUCAUCCCCACAGUCACAGCCAUAUCUGCGAGCCCAGACUUGCAGUGGAUGGUCCAGCCGCUUAUUUCGUCAGUGGCCCCUUCUAACAGACGCAAUCCCUACAGCUCAAGCCCCAGCCCAUCCUAUUCAAGGGCAGCAAUGAAGUCCACAAGCAACAAGGGCCACGGUUCUUCCAGGAGGAGCAAGAUGGAACAGGUUUCAGCUGAGGAGGAAGAGAAAAAGAAAGUCCGCAGAGAGAGGAACAAGCAGGCAGCAGCCAAGUGCCGCAACAGGAGAAGAGAGCUUACCGACACUCUCCAAGCUGAAACUGAUGAACUGGAGGAUGAGAAGUCAAGCAUUCAGAACGAUAUUGCCAACCUACUGAAGGAGAAGGAAAGGCUAGAAUUCAUCCUGGCCGCCCACAAGCCUAUCUGCAAGAUCCCCUCUGACCUGAACUCUGGAUUCCACACCACUUCCCUCUCUCCCAUCGAGCUAAUCCCACAGCCCCAGAAUACCAUUACUGUGGCACCCACCAGCCAGGCCAACACCAUAUCCACCUCCAUCUCCCUCUUCUCCAGCAGCCCUCUCCUCUCCAACGCCUCCAACACCAGUGGUGCAGUCAAGAUGUCCGACCUGGACUCCACGCUCGAGGAGUCUCUCGACUUGCUGGCCAAGACAGAGAUGGAGACGGCGAGGUCGGUUCCUGAAGUGGACCUGUCCAACUCACUCUACAACCAGGACUGGGAGCCCCUCUACACCUCUGCCAGCAAUGACUUUGAGUCCCUGUGCACACCUGUAGUCACCUGCACUCCCUCCUGUACCACCUACACGUCUUCCUUUGUGUUCAGCUACCCAGAGGCAGAAACCUUCCCCACCUGCGGUAUCGCCCACAGGAGAGGCAGCAACAGCAACGAUCAGUCCUCCGACUCCCUCAGUUCCCCCACCCUGCUAGCUCUUUAAAGACACUCUUCCUUUCAAAUUAACACUUUAUCCAGAGCACACGUACUUGAUGUUAUGUAGAUGUGCAAAUAACAAAUCGCAGGGCUAUGGAAAGGACUUCUACUACCAGGAAGCAAAUCUGUUAUGGUUGUUAUCAUUAUGAUUUGUUCUUAAUCUGAACUAACUAUAUUAGCCUACUUGUCUCUUCUUAUGUAGCAAGUAUAAGCAUGUUUUAACUAAUACCACCUAAUAGUCUGAGUUUACAAAAUAGACAAUUUAUAUUACAUUUUAUGGUGCUAGAUAACCCAAGUUGAUGUAGUGUUGCUAUAUGUUGUUCAGAGCAAUAGAUCUUGAGCUAUUUUGUUUUCUGGUUGAUGGAAUGUGAGAGUAUUGUGUUAUUUAAAACAUGAUGUGCUUUAACCAUGGUCUGAGUGAUGUAACUUAGUAUGAAAGUUUUCUGUGAAAACGUUAGCGUUUUUAAUUUAUCAAAUCUAUUUUUUUACAUAGUGUUUAAAGGGAACAAAUGCAAACUGUUGAUCAUUGUUUGCAAACCUUGUAACAAAAUAAAUAUAUGACAUUUAAAUAUA